UUGGAGAAUCUUGGAGACUUGCGUGAACAAUCAACAAUGAGAUUAUCUCUAAUUAGAGAUGAUGAGUUGACGACUGACGACAGAAUCCUAGAGAUUCAAUUAAGAUUUUGUAAUCCAAAAUCCAAAUCGAAGAUUACGGUGGCGUUUGACGAUGCGGUGCAGCUGAGUUCGACUUCCUUAGACUUAGACCGGAAACUCUGCAGCGCCGGCGACGAACUGAAUCUGCGGCUCUGCAGUCUGCACUCUGCACAAUGAAAAUCACACAAAUUCCUACACCCACCUCUAGUCGCAUUCCUAUUCAGUCUGCCCAAUGAAAAUCACACAAAUUCAACUCCCCUAACAUCUCUGUGGCCUCCCGCACCAACAACCUCACCUCCUCUGCCCAGAAAGAAUCAGUGGAAUGUUUCCCCAGCAUCAUCUUCCUCCGCAGCUCCUCACUGAGAUUCACAGCGGAACGCUAUGUUUGGCGAUCCGGAUCGCGAACGCCCCGCGAUUGGGUUCGUACGAUCCGAAACGCGGGUCGCCGGCAGGUGCAGCGUUUCCGGUGACUUUCAUGAGUAGUCUCUGUUCUGUAUUUGGACUGUAAAUGAUGUGACUAAAGCCACUCAUAAUCUAGUUUAUAGCCUCAGAGAUAAAGAAUGACAUUUCAGGAUCAGAAAUUCUGAUCUUUGAGAAAAAAUGGUUGUUUAGAUGGUGCUAUUGAUACCCCCCUCUACCUCUCUUCACCCACCUAAUUUUCCUGCACUCCUUAUUAGUAUUACUUUUUACUGAAAGAAGAAUUACUCAGCCGUUGUAUCUAUAUAUACUGUGUAUAAGUGUUUUAUUUUGUUGUGUGUGCUUAGAACUUGAGGAAUUGAUUGUUAAAGUCGAUAACUGAAUGUAGUGUGAGAUUUGUACUUGUCCGUUAUAAGAGUUUUCAAAGUGAUGCAAGCAAACUUAACUGGAUGUAUGCUUUAGUUUCUACAUACUUUUGAAAGCCAUUUUGUGUUAUUGCAUGUCACCUCAGUUUACUAAUUUUGAUUUUGCAGAAGCAAAGGCAUUGUUCUUAUGAAAGAUGAGUUUAAUAUCACAAAACAUUCCCGGCCACAAGACUAAGAGGAUGGAUGCUGAUGAACCUUCAUUUCUGCAAGGGAAUGAAGACAGCGGUGAUGGAAAAGAAUCUAAUUUAGAGAUCAUGAGGAUGACAAAGAGAAAGAAAGCACGCAGCGGAGAGGAUGAGAAGGUGGCAGUUGAGCAAGAAAAGGAAACGAAGAAGCUGGAAAACUUUUUGUUUGGAUCAAUCUAUUCCCCAGUUGAGUUUGGGAAGGAGGAUGAGGAAGAAGCUGUAGACCAGGUCGAUAAAGGCUCUGCUUUAUUCUUUGUUGACCGUUCUGGAAGUAUUGUGCACCCUGGUAAUGAUGAUGAUGCAAAAUUCUCAGAAGAGGAUACUAAGCAAAGGAAACCUGUGUGGAUGGAUGAGGAAGAGGAAAAGGCCAACAUUAAUAUCGCUAGGGUUAAUAGAUUGAGGAAGCUGAGGAAGGAAGAGGAUGAGAAUUUUAUUUCUGGUUCUGAGUAUGUUUUACGAUUAAGGGCUCAGCAUGCUAAGCUGAAUCCAGGUACAGAAUGGUCUCAAUUUGAUUCACAGUCGAGGUACAAUAGAUACUCUGAUGAUGAGUCCUCCGAUGAAGAAAAUGGCUUAGUAGUGCCCCGUGGCUACAAGGAGGUUGGAGCUGUUGAUGAUCUCCUUCGUACAAAUGAGGACCUUGUUGUGAAGAGUGGUGGAAAGUUGCUGCCUGGACUUCUUGAAUAUUCAACACUUGUGGAUGCAAAUGCAGAGGAACCUUGUAAUGGUCCAAUUAAUUCGGUGCAAUUUCAUAGAAAUGCUCAGUUGCUUCUUGCUGCUGGAUUGGAUCGAACGCUUAGAUUUUUUCAGAUUGAUGGCAAACGGAAUACUAAAAUUGAAAGCAUUUUCAUUGAUGAUUGUCCCAUACGGAAGGCAGCUUUCUUGCCUGAUGGUUCUCAGGUUAUUAUAGCUGGAAGGAGGAAAUUCUUUUAUAGUUUUGAUUUAGUAAAGGCGAAAGUUGAUAAAAUAGGUCCCCUGGUUGGUAGAGAAGAGAAAAGCUUGGAAGUUUUUGAGGUUUCCCCUGAUUCAAGUACGAUCGCGUUCGUGGGAAAUGAAGGUUAUAUCUUAUUGGUUUCCACUAAAACAAAGGAAUUGAUUGGGACACUCAAGAUGAAUGGAACAGUUCGCUCUUUAGCUUUUUCCAAUGAUGGGAAGCAACUGUUGAGCUCUGGUGGAGAUGGACAGGUUUACCAGUGGGAUCUGAGAACAGGGGCCUGCUUCCAUAAAAUGAUUGAUGAAGGUUGUAUCAAUGGUACAGCCCUUUGUACAUCUCCAAAUGGAUCCUUGUUUGCUGCUGGUUCAUUCAGUGGGAUUGUUAAUAUUUAUAAUAGAGAUGAGGUUUUAGGAGGCAAAAGAAAACCAAUCAAGACUAUCGAGAAUCUUACAACCAAAGUAGAUUUUAUGAAGUUCAAUAAUGAUGCUCAAAUUUUAGCUAUUUGUUCGAGCAUGAAGAAGGACAGCUUAAAGUUGGUACAUGUUCCAUCAUACACUGUAUUUUCCAACUGGCCUCCUCAAAGGCAGGUCCUGCAUUAUCCUCGCUGUUUGGAUUUUAGUCCCGGUGGAGGUUUCAUGGCUGUGGGCAAUGCUGCUGGAAAAGUGUUGUUGUACAAGUUGCAUCAUUACCAUCAUGCAUAGAACGAAGGUUAUGAAACCUCAAGAAACAAGAUGCUGUUGUAUUAUUCCUUGUAGUAUUGAAGUUUCGGUUGCUAGGUUUCCUGACAAUUCCAUUGUAAGGUGGGUCUAGAAAGACAGUUCAGUUUGUGAUUCAUUUCGAUAGUUGUCAGUACUGUGAUGGCUUCUUGUUACAUAAAACUGCUGAAGUUUUGACCUCCAAUCUUUUUUCCUUUGUGUUCUAUUAAAUUUUACAUUAAAAUUUUUUUUGGCAGAUGACAAGGUUUACACAUUC